AUGACUCGCUUCAAGGUCAUCGUCACCUCAGACACCAUCUGCCCUUGGUGCUACGUCGGUCGCCGACAGCUCCAGGCUGCCCAACGCAUGUGGGAGCAAAAGUACCCCAACUCCAACGACACCUUUGCCGUCAGCUAUCAACCCUUCCAACUCAAGCCCGAAUGGCCCAGAGGCCCUGGAUCUAGCGUCUCCAAGGAGAAGGUCUACAAUGAGAAGUUCGGCAAGGAGCGCGUGACCAUGAUGCAGAAGCAUCUGAGCGGCGUUGGAGAGAGCCUGGGCAUCAACUUCAAAUACGGCGGACAGACUGGAAACACCAGGGAUUCGCAUCGUUUGGUGCAGUUGGCCAAGAAGCAUGGUGAGGAGGCUGAGGGCAAGGCUCUUGAUGGUCUCUUCGCCGCCUACUUCGAGAAGAAUGAAGAUAUCACCAGCUACGACACGCUUAAGAAGGUGGCAAUUGAGGCGGGAAUCCCAGAGGAUGAGUUCCAAAAGAGCAUCGUCGACAGCGACCAGUACGGUCCGGAGGUCGACAGGCUAUCGGAGGAGGCGCAGUUCAGUGGUGUCAGCGGAGUGCCUGACUUUGUGAUGCAGGAUCGCUUCCGACUUUCUGGCGCUAACGAUCCAUCGACAUUCGUCAGUGUUUGGGAAAAGAUCAAGGCAGCUGAGGGAUCAUGA